AUGUCUUUGGCCACCACUGCUACCAUGGACAUUGAGACAAACGAUGCUCAACCUGCGUCUUCUCAUCUGCUGGCCGAGUUCAGAAGCGAAAAAGACAUCUAUCAACGAUACUUGAAGCUCUCUUCGCAUCUGGAGUUUCUCAAUUUGCAAGAGAACUUUCUCCUUGAGGACCAAAAGAACCUCAAGGUUGAAUUGAUGCGCGCCCAGGAAGAAAUCAAACGGAUUAGAAGCGUUCCUCUUCUUAUUGGGCAGUUUUUAGAGGCAAUUGAUGAAAACACCGGGAUUGUUGGCUCGACCACUGGAUCGAAUUCUGUAAUCCGAAUCUUGUCCACCAUUGACCGAGAGCUACUGAAGCCAUCAAGUAGCGUGGCCUUGCAUCGCCACUCAAAUGCGCUUGUCGAUGUUUUGCCUCCAGAGGCCGACUCCACCAUACGGCUUUUGGGUGAGAUGGAAAAACCGUCAGUCACAUAUGCAGACAUUGGGGGCCUUGAUUCGCAGAAGCAAGAAAUUCGCGAAGCAGUAGAACUCCCCCUUGUGCAGCAAGAGCUGUACAAGCAAAUUGGAAUCGAUCCACCGAGAGGCGUUUUGCUUUAUGGACCCCCUGGAACUGGGAAAACCCUUCUCGUUAAGGCGGUCGCCCAUCAUACGAAAGCGGCAUUUAUUCGUGUGGGUCCCAGAAUGGUUCGCGAUGUUUUCAGACUGGCCAAAGAAAAUGCGCCAUGCAUAGUCUUCAUUGACGAAGUUGAUGCUAUUGCCACGAAAAGAUUUGAUGCGCAAACGGGCGCAGACCGUGAGGUCCAACGAAUCCUACUUGAGCUUCUCAACCAAAUGGAUGGGUUUGACCAGACCGUAAUCAUGGCCACCAAUCGAGCCGACACGCUUGACCCUGCUCUUUUGCGUCCUGGACGCCUUGAUAGGAAAAUAGAAUUUCCCUUUCCUGACCGCCGCCAAAAGCGGCUUAUUUUUCAAGCGGUCACCGCUAAGAUGAAUGUUUCUGAGGAAGUCGACCUAGAGGAGUUUAUUGCGCGCCCAGAUAGGCUAUCUGGGGCAGAUAUUCAUUCUAUUUGCCAGGAAGCCGGUCUGCAUGCUGUGCGAAAAAAUCGAUAUGUCGUGCUUCACAAAGACUUUGAAAGCGGCUACAAAAGUCAUGUGAAGAAGGCUGACCUUGAUUUUGAAUUUUACAAAUAA